AGGCGGUUGGCGCUGGAUUUGCCGGCUCCCUUGCAAUCAUCCAGCCCCCCCUGUUACCUCCAGGUAUGCAGAUGCCCCCUGUGUAGGCAUCACGGCACACACAAAGGAACUCUUCACUUUUCUUUUUUCUAUUUUAAGGUGACCGCCUUCAUCAGCGCGCCGCGCCGCCCGCCACCGGCCAGCCUGUGUGGCUGAAGGCAACGUGAACAUCGCUUGGAUAUUCUGCUGUGUGUGUGUGUAUGUGUGUGUGUGAGCGAUCAGCACGGGCUCAUCGAUAAGUUUCUAUUCAGAUUGAUGGUGGUUGCGUUAACGGAGGGGAAGUCAGAGCUGCCAAAUUGGCCGCGAGCGCGCUGAUCUCUUAAUGGACCGCUGAAUGGUUAAAUGACACAGCGAUGAAUGUUGUGAUCUCCCUCCCGUGAUACAAGAUAGCUUAUCUGGAGCCGCAGCAGCUGCCUGCCUGCCUGCCUGCCUGUCGCUUUUAAUGCAUAGCCUUUGCAGGGUCAAGAUGCAGUUUCGGACUGUGCUGGACGUGAAAGUCGUGGACGUGGAGAAGAGGCGCAAUCCGUCCAAACACUACGUAUAUCUCAUCAAUGUCACCUACUCUGAUAACACCUCGCACAUCAUCUACAGAAGAUACAGCAAAUUCUUUGACCUACAGAUGCAGAUACUUGACAAGUUCCCAAUUGAGGGAGGGCAGAAAGACCCAAAGAAGAGGAUCAUCCCAUUUCUCCCAGGCAAAAUCCUGUUCCGGAGGAGUCAUGUGCGAGACGUGGCCAUGAAGCGCCUGCGUUUCAUCGACGACUACUGCAGGGCACUGGUGCGACUCCCCCCUCAGAUCUCUCAGAGCGAGGAGGUGCUGCGCUUCUUUGAGACAAAAGCUGAGGACGUCAACCCCCCUGUGGAGGACUAUGGCUCCAAGCGCAAGUCGGUAUGGAUGUACGGCUUUACAGACAGCCCGAGGAAAGAGGCCUCAGGGAUUGACAGCUCGGAGCCCAUGGUGCUGGAGCAGUACGUGGCCGUGGCCAACUACGAGAGGCAGGAGAACUCGGAGAUCAACCUCAAGGCCGGCGAGACGGUGGACGUGAUUGAGAAGAGUGAAAGUGGUUGGUGGUUUGUCAGCACAGCGGAGGAGCAGGGCUGGGUGCCGGCCACAUACCUGGACUCCCAGAAUGUAACCAGAGACGAUUUGGAUCUGGGCACAUCCAGGACUGGAGAAGUUACCAAAAGACGCAAGGCGCAUCUGAAGAGGCUGGACCGCCGCUGGACCCUGGGGGGUAUAGUCAACCGCCAGCAGAGCAGAGAGGAGAAAUACGUGACGAUACAGCCGCACACCAGUCAAGGGAAGGAUGAAGUCAGCUUUGAGAAAGGGGUCACCGUGGAGGUCAUCCAGAAGAACUUGGAGGGCUGGUGGUACAUCAGAUACUUAGGAAAAGAGGGCUGGGCUCCUGCCUCCUACUUGAAAAAGGUGAAAGAGGACUUCUCCCCCCGAAAGAAGACCCUCACUGGCCCCGUGGAGAUCAUCGGCAACAUCAUGGAGAUCAGCAACCUGUUACAAAAGAAGUCAGUCAGCGAGAAGGACAUCCAGACAGACGGCGAGGGGAGCACCACGCCGGAGCGCCACAUCUCCAAAAGCGAGAUCAGCCUGCCCAUGCCCUAUAACUCUGAAAUCAACGCCGAGACAGGCAGGAGGCUGAGCGCGGGCCGUGACACCAACAGCCCGUGUCUGGGAAUAGCAGCGAGCGCCGCCCUAAAUGAAAAUAAAACAAGGGGUGAGCCAGGGUCCCCAGCUGUCGCAAGAGUGGCGCCGCAUAGAGUGGAAAUUGGCUUUGAUGCUAUAGGAUCUCCAAAUCUGCGACAAAAACCUCCCCCACGAAGAGAACCCAACAUGGGAUUCCAGUUACCAAAGCCACCAGAGCCCCCUGCUGUGGAAGCAGAAUAUUACACUAUAGCAGAUUUCCAGUCCUCGAUCUCUGAUGGCAUCAGUUUCCGUGGAGGACAAAAGGCUGAUGUUAUUGAGAAGAACCCCGGAGGCUGGUGGUAUGUGCAGAUUGGCGAGAUGGAGGGCUGGGCCCCCUGCUCCUACAUCGACAAGCGCAAGAAACCAAACCUCAGCCGUAGGACCAGCACCCUGACCCGGCCCAAAGUCCCACCCCCAGCUCCGCCUGUCAAAAAACAAGAGUCCGAGGAGGCUCCCCCUCCCGCCAACUCUGCCUCUAAAGUUUCCGAGCCACCAAGCAGGCCUGUGUACGAGGAACCUGAAUAUGAUGUUCCUGCAAUCGGGUGUGAAGGUGAAUCGGACACAGAUUCCCUGAAGGAUGACCGCGCCCUGGAUGUGAAGAUCAGCAGUGUUGUCAGCGACAAGUACCGCAGCUCACCUCCUUCCUCCAAGGCCUCUCCUCCUGUCUGCAAGGCAUCACCUGUGUUCACCCACCGAAGAGCUUCCUUCAGGUCAGGAGAGGACGUCGCGAAAGAAGAGUGUGUCUAUGAGAACGAUGGCUUCAGGCCAAGCAGUGGUGUUGAAGGAACUAAAGUUAAAGUCUCGAGUGAGCCAAGUUCCCCAAGGAGCUACCAUUCCUCCACAGUCCCACGCAAACCCUCUGGAUCCUCACCUUUAGCUGGUAGACCCAUGAAGACCAUGACACCAGAGAUGACCCGGAGAAGCCAGACCUUGGGCAGACACAUAGAUAUCAGCCUUAGAUCACAGGACAACAGCCCCCACUCUUCAUCAGACGAAUUGAGCAGAGGCCCCAAGAAAGGCUCUGUCUUCACCCGGGAUGUGGAACAGAGAAUAGGCCAGAGCCCCUCCACCAGGCCCAAGCCUUCUGUCAGACCUAAACCACUUCUGACCAAAUCAGAGCCCCAGAGUCCCGAGAGGAUGGACAUCAGCUCUCUGAGACGGCAGCUGAGGCCUACAAGUCAGUUUCGACAUGGCCUUAAAACUACUCGUGGGGACGACUCUGAAACAGCUUCUGUCAUCUCAUCAGAGGACUCAAUGUGCUCACGCAGUACCUCAGAUCUCUCCUCUGUUUACUCCAAAGGGAGCCGUGGGGACUCAGAUGUAGAAGGCCCCACUCUGUACCGCUCUCUGGAUGCCUACAAGAAGGUCCAGGACUCUGAGAUCAGCUUUCCAGCCGGGGUGGAGGUUGAGGUUCUGGAAAAGCAAGAGAGUGGUUGGUGGUACAUCCGUUGGGGAUCCGAGGAGGGUUGGGCUCCCUCAUACUACCUGGAACCUGUUAGACAAGUGGGUGAUGUAGGUGGGUUAGAACUAGAUGGUCACGGGAGUGGCAGCAGUAAGUCAAACAGCCUGGAGAAAAAUGAGCAGCACGUUUUGGCCCUCAAUAACAUCAAUAUUCAGGGUCUGAGCCAGCAGCAUCAAGGCAUGAGGAGGAACACUCCACCAAUUCCUUCUAAGCCCCCUGGUGGCUUCUCGAAACCAUCCGGGAUGGUUAACGGGGGUGUUCGAAUGAGGAACGGGGUACGCCAGGUGGCAGUGAGGCCUCAGUCUGUAUUUGUGACCACAACACAGCCAGCCAAGGAUGGGCACUACAUGACGGGGUCUCUGAGGCGAAAUGACUCUCUUGGUAGAAGUGAUCAUUACGGCUCUGGUUCGGCCACUCUUGGUGUCCGCCGAAACGCCUCCUUCAGCACCGUGCGGCCACAUGUAGUUGUUGAAAGUCAGACGAGGCCCGCAGAGCGCUCCAGCCUGGGGUCCUCGGGGAGCGCAUUCAGCACAAGUAAUGUCCAGGACACCCUUAGCAGAGUUAACCAACGCAACGGCAUCCCUGUGUCCACAGUUCGACCCAAGCCUAUAGAGAAGAAUCAACUGAUCCACAAUAACCUUGGCAGGGAUGUGUACGUCUCCAUUGCUGACUAUCGUGGCGAUGAGGAAACAAUGGGUUUCACUGAGGGCACCUGUCUGGAAGUGUUAGAAAGAAACCCCAAUGGAUGGUGGUACUGCCAGGUGCAGGACAGCCUGCUUCCCCGCAAGGGCUGGGUCCCCUCCAACUACCUAGAGCGGAAAAAAUAAAACCCACCCCACACCCCUCCCUCGCCCUUCCCCCGCACCUCCCCCUUUUGAUGUCUCCAAGGACGUGGGUGGUAUCACUCCUUAAGAAUGUUACCCGCAGUCUCCUGUAAGCAAUAUGUCAAAAUGAAAAUGUACAUUAAUGACUGGGUGUAAAAAGAAAGAUGUUUUAAUCUGAUAAGGAAGGACACUUUUAGUGCUGGUUUACUAAAAUGAACACAAAGAGGAGUGUAAAGAUUUUAAAUAUUUUGGCUGGGAAUGAGAGACAGAGAUGUGGGAUUGGCCAACGUUGAGUGAGGAAAUUUGAAGAGGCUUUGAGAUAUAAAAUGGUAUGAAUGGGAGUGAUAACCUCUUAAAGAGGUUUGCAUCAUGUAAAACUGAGCAGGAUAAUGGUUACGCUUAUUCCUGCCCAUCACUGACUCUGAUGGCCGACAAGUGCCUUUUGUAUUUGAUCACCUGAAUGGAGGUCCUAAAUGGUGGAUGGCAAAACAUUAAAUCAACCAAAUCUUUUAAAGAGUGCCAUAGGCCGAUGAACACCACCAAGAGUAUUUCCAUAACCAAUUAAGAAGUCCACUAUAGAGUGCAAACAAAGUGCACAGUUUCGAUCUGAAGCGCUCUAAUUGGUCCGACGUAGAUUAAAGGAAGAAAAACAAAGAUUGAAGUGACCCAAGUCACCAGAGAAUUUAUUUGUUUUACGCCACAAGCAAACUAAAACACCAGUUUAAUCUCAUUAUCAGUAUUUUAUUUAGUUUCAUUGUUCAUGUUACAAUGUCUUGUGUUGAUGCAAGUCUUCCUUAGAGAAUUAUUUCUGCUUUCUUGUGACAUCUGUUUUCCACCGACAGCCUAGAAUUGGAAAAGCUCCUGCCUCUUGUCAAGUACCAUCUGACACUGGCAAAAUACACAGGAUGUGCUCAGGUUUGAUAAAUUGGCGUAGUUUUGUCGUAGAUCGUCAAGCCCCGAAAAUAUGUUGAUAUUCAUGUUUUUGAUCCCAGAUGUAACUAUGUGGGAUAGCAAAUGUAUUUAAAAAACUGUGAAACUUGAAAAAAACAGUCAGAUGGUUGAGUUUUCUGGAAAUUCAAAGGAACAACUUGUAACUUGAGUGCUCUCCAGAACAAAACCACCUCAUUCAUGUGUAGCUAAUAACCUCAAAAAGACAACAACAAUUAGUUUACAAUGGUUUAGGUUUACUGUAGUGCUUUUAGUUCCAGGAACAAUUGAUUUUGUAUAUAUUUUGUUUUGUAUACAUAUAAUAAUCCCGCUGUUGCGGAGAUAUAUUGAACAAGUACUGGAAAUGAGGUGAAAUAAUUGAAUCCCAGGGACGUAUUUGUACAGCAUUUAUCCCAAAAUGUGAUCGAACCAAAGAAAAAUGUCAUUUCAUUGGCUAUUUUUAUGUGAUUUUACUAUUUAUUUAUUAUGGUACAAGUAAUAGUGUAUUCAACAAAAAGCCUAAAAUGAGGUUUCUGAACUGAACAGAAAUCAGUACCUGGAAGCACUUGAUACAUUUUCUCAAAAUUUUAGAUCUAUGAAACUAGAGGUAAACAAAUUUAACUUUAGAUAUAGCUGUGCAGUACGGGCUUCGACAUUGAAUAGAAGACAACAUAGUGUAUUAACUAGUUUCAAAGUUGGGUAUUUUUUCACAUCUUCCAAAUUGUAGUUGGUCAUCAGAUUAAUAAGACUUAUCAAUCACCUAAGUUAUCGAGUUAGUAAUAAUUCUCCCCAAAUGCAGAAGUGAAAUAUGAGAAUUUGGCAUUCUGAGCUGAAAUCCAACUUUCAAAUUCAAACGGCUGAUGUUCAAGACUGCUGAAAUACAUUUUCUAACGAGCGGUGUGAGCUCUCUGUGCGAGGCUGAACACUAACCUUUUAUUAUGUUUCUGCUGGACAGUAUCACAGUAUUAAACAAAGUACAGUACCUGCUAGAUUGCAGUUAUCUAUUUUAGCGAAACCAUAUUUGUUUGUUUUUUGUUUGUUAUUAUUUGUUACUCUGUGAUCACACAGUGGCAAUAAUGAGGAAUGAAGUGGUUCUGUUUUGUGAAUUAGUGCACUUUAAACCUGUUUUUAUAGUGCAUUAAUGUAAAGGUGCAGUAAAUACUCAGCAUAUUAUUUAUUGAAUAUGUUCUCAUAAUUAUUUAAUUUCUCUCUAUUCGUUUUUCCCCCUUCACCUCAAACUAGAGGUGGAACUCUUCCAUGAGUUCUCUCCAUGACAAAGUCUGAGUAGAAUUGGAUUAAUAGCGACCUCUUGUGGGAGGUCAAAGGCGCUACAACAAUAUAUUUUUUUCCCAUCCACAAGGCUUACAGCCAUCCUACCUCAGUGCAAUAAGAAAUGCACUGCUGGUCAGUGAGUCUCACCAAAAACUGUACAGAAUUUUUUGUUUCUUUUUUUUUUUUAAUCUCAGUGCAGCUAAAUAUAUUUUUUGUAGCACAUGUUUUGUUUUGGGCAAUAAUUUAUUUUUAUUUUUUUUGAAAAUUUAAAAAAAAAAGUUCUUUUUUUUUUCUCUAUGCUGUGUGCUGCAACUUUAGCAAAUCAUGGGCACUUCCUUCAUCUUUAUUGUGCUUUACAUAAUGCCUGAUUUUAUAUAUAUAUAUUUAUGAAUAGUUUUGUAUUUUAUCAUGGUUUGACAAUCAUCUUAUUCCCCCACUCAAAUUAUUGUUGCAUAGCAUUAUGCAUACCUAAAUUGGACUUCAGUCACCUUAAUAUGCAAAAUUCUGACUCAUAAGUCAACAAAAAUCCAAAAAUAUCAUCAUUUGGACACAUUUGUGAGAUAUUUGCAUUUAUUUAAGUUUAAAAAUAUCACAAUUUUAACUCUAUGAUGUCCAGCAACAAGGCCCCUUCCCAUCUAGACGACGGCAUUAUGUAAAUGUGUUAAAUCACUUUGUACAUUUCGCUCCAGCACAUAUUAUUAUUGCAUAUUGCUUCUUUUGAUCGAGCUGAAUUGACUUGGCUGAAAUAGCAAGGGAAACGUUCUGUGUCAAGCAUACAUUUUGCUGUGUAGCAUCAAUCUUUAUUCAUGCUUUAUCUUUUUUUUUUUUCUCAUUUCUCUUUUUUGCCCUUUUUUUGUCAAAUUCUGAAAUGUACCCGCGAGGAAAUGUGCAAUAGAUAAGAACACAUCAUCCUUCAACAAGACGAAAGAUAUCACAGGUUUAGGGAAAAAAAAAAAAAAAAAAAAAAAACCUGAACAAUGCCAUUUCAUCCGCUGGGAGUAGAUUUUCCCAGUCAAACUGCCAGUCAUGAGCUUUUAUCAUCGUUUCAAGUGUAUCAUUUCAAAUUGAUCUUAAAAGAGCAGAUGUGAAAGGCCCUAAAAUCAUUGGAAAACUCAUUGGACCAAAGCAGUCGUAUGUGACAUCUCAUUAUCUCCUGACGUGAUGGACUUUUAUAAUAACUAGCAUGAGAAUCUCUGCUUCUCCUGCCCCGGAUCAGCAGGGGACGGCGAUUUGUGAAUGGCAUGGCAGAAACCCGCUGACCCAUUCUGUAUUGACUUUACAGCCUUCUGGGGUCUUCUUCACAGAUGGAGAGUCAUGGGCCCAUCAUCAGGGGCCUCAGCGGCCCUGCUCUGAGCUGUCACGUUCGUGCCUGAAUGGAAUUUUAAUAGUUUCUUGUUUUUGGGUUGUUGUUGUUUUCUUCUUUCUUUUUUUUCUCUUUGUUUUCUGGAGUGUGUCCUCUCUGCACCUAUGCGGAUGCCUCUCUUGACAUUUACCCCAUCAUUGUCAAACCAAGUCAGACUUUUCCUCACCAAUCACCACGGCAAGGGUGACAUUUUGAACCGCCGGAGACGGCGGGCAAAGAGACCUCAACGGGAGAGUCUUGGCGGUAAACAAGAGAGCUGGGAGAUGAACGCUCCUUCAGGCCAUUUCAGUUCAAUCCAUCAACUUCCAGGAUGUACGCCAAAAAUAGAAAAACCUUUAUUUUUUCUCUUUGCUUAGCCCCAGGCAGGCCUUAUCCAUGUGCGAUUACGUCAUUGUGCUAAAGACUGUCCUGCGUGUACAGGCUUAAACACGGAGUUCCCUCUGUUGUAAAGGGGGCUUGUGUCCAUAAACCUUUUUGUUGGGGUAGUUUGUAGUUAAACUCCAACUUAAAGGAACAGUCAGAGAAUUACCCUGAUAUACUUUCUUGCUGAGGGUUAGAAGGUUGAUGCCACUCUUAUGAUGUUUAGACAUGUCGUUAAAGUCCCUCCUUCACUCAAAAAUGUGUUCACUUAUUGUCACCUCACAUGGAUGUUUGAGCUCCACUGUGCAGAAUGAUGUCUGUGCAGAGUUUGACGCUAAAAGGCUUUUUUCACUUUCAUGCUGAGCUCACAUUAAGACCCUGUCUAUGCGGAUAUUUUUGAAUACAGAUAUGCAGACAAAAUUUAAGGUCACGAAAACAGAUUUCUUAAAGGCCUUGAACGGUGCAGAUAUUUCCAAAACUUUGGUUACAGUUUAUCCAUGUGGACAUGUGAAACAGAGCAUUUGGGAAAUGAUGACAUAAUCUCCUCAAUUUCCCAUUGUUGGUUUGUGUAAUGAGCGUACACUAGAAACAACAACAACAACAACAACAACAACAACAACAACGGUGGACUACCAGUUUGCUAAGUUUAUGUUAGCACUGCUUGGUCUAAUGAUUACUUAACACCUAAGCUUAGUAUUGCUGCACCACUUCACAGAUGAAUUGAGGCGUCCACCUCAGCGUCCGUGGCUUAAAUUCUGCCAGAAACAGCGGUUUUGGAUCAGGAAGGGUCGAACCAGCAGAUGGUGGGACAUUUUCAAGGGUCGGAUUGUUGUCAAUGAGGAAUGGAAGGAAAACCUGAGCAUGUGCAGGGCAUCAGUCGUAUGUUUGAGUUAGCUGUGUUUAAGUUAGUGAUGAGAUCUCCAGUUGGUGUGUUUAAAAAGGUAACGUUAGCCUGUACGCUUUACUACCUUUGUGAAGUGGUAGACCACUAAAGAAAGUUAGCGCUGGCAAGUGUUUGAGGUCGUUUUUGCGUUGUAGUGUGGACAGAGAUAUUUUGUGAAAUGAAGAUGGUGUAGACUGAAUUAUUAUUUUUAAACAGAGUGGGAAAUAUCUGUUUAAAAACAAUCUGUAUGUGUGUAGACAGAGACUAAAUUUGAGUUUAAGGCGUGUGUGUGCCAGCAUGAUUUUGUGACUUCACAAGUGGAAGCCAAUCAUGGUCCAGUAUGCUUAUCUUAGCUAAGCUUAGCUUAGCUGAAUUUAGCUUAGCUUAGCAUAAUGACUGGGAGUUGAGAGGCAAAAACCUAGCCUAGAGAUUUAAAAAAAAAAAAAAAAAAAAAAAAAAAGCUUAGUACAAACAACUUAACUUGUUAAAAUGACCAAGUUUUGUUUUUUAGUGGUUGAUGACAAGACUCAAAGAAGUCACUACACCUGGCCAGGUAAUAGUCCAGCACUUAACCAUCCAAAAAAACACAACUUGUCUUUUUUACUCUUUAAUUUUUGUAUUGCUUAAACAAAUGAGACAUACCAUGAUAAUUAAUGAGCUUUAGAGGUGUGAAACCAGAGAAGCUCUUUACCCUUGUUUCCAGUCUCUUUGCUAAGCUAAGCUAAGCUACGCUAACUAUCUCCUGGCUUUUGCUUUAUGUUUAGCGUACAUACCUGAGAGUGGUGUUAAUCUUCCUAUCCAAAGCGAAAAGCAUAUUUCCCAAACACUCUAACUGUUCCUUUAAGUUACAGGCUUCUUUUUCAAUCAUACCAGCUCAGCCUAUGUCAGCGACACCGCUCCAAAACCUGUGUGCAUCUGCAUGGCGGGAUAGAAAUGGAAUUGGCGGCGGUGAUAUUUUUGCAUUCUGCGUGUGUGCACAUGCCAGCGCACACUCAAUGAUGAUGAGGAGUCAUUCGCGCCAGAGGGAAUAUAUGAUAUUUUUUCCCCCGACAUAUUCCCGGAGGUCAGUCGGGUGAGACAGCACCCCCUCUUCUAUUCCUCGCUCUCCUUUUUAUUUUAACAAAUGGACGGCACCUCUCAGGCGUGAAGCAUCUUAAGCUCUGUAAUCCCAAACACUAGCUAUUCCUCCUGGCUACACUUCCUCUCCGUUCCCCACUUCUAUUUCUCCCGUCUCCUUCCUCGACACAGCCGAGCAGUCUAUUCCCGGUGAAAUGAUUGAGAUAUCUAGGAGGGUGUGUGUGUUUGUGUGUGUGUGUGUGUUUGCAUGAUAAGAUGGAUUGUUUGCAGGUGCACUCAGGAGAAGAGAAUUUGGAGGUCAAGGAGCAGAUUUGCGAGAGCAAGAUGCAGGGAGACACAAGAUGGAUCAGAUAGUGGAUUCUAGUAGACGAGGUGAGGGCGAGGUGAGAGGAGCUUUGGAUAGGAGGAAGAUGAAAGGCUUGUGGGCACUGCUUCCACUCUAAAAGUAUGAAAAAUAAUUCCAUCCAACAAGGGAGCCCGUGUUAACUCAACUCCCUCUACCCACCUUCAGCAAACCUAAUGAGCUCUCCGAACCUGAGUUGUGAUCUCAUUACUCCAAAACAAUGUUUUAAUUGCGGCACUUGAUGUUUUUUUGAAGCUGCUUUUGCGAGAAACUGCAAGUCAGUGAGAGAGAAAUGAGUUCACACCGCAGAAGCUUCUCUCACCAUCCGUCCAUAGAAUAACUUUAAAAACUGAUCCCACGUCUGAUUGUAGCUUCUUUUACUGUCAGUGUCUUCAGAUCUUAUGUAGCCCUGAGGGUGUGAGAGUUGAGCUUGGUGUUGAAAAAGUUUUUUAGAAUAAGACAAAAAAAAAAAACUUCAAACACUGGAGUCUUUUUUUUUUUU